CACCAGCAGUCGGGCAAUUUUCGAAAGUUAUACGUUCGAUUUCUCCCCAAAGCAGACUUUCGACACUACCGCCAAAAUGCCUCGUGAGAUCUCCGAUAUCAAGCAAGUAAGUGCCUAUUAUACGAAUGCUCUAAUGAAUUGUUGGUUGGGCAGGGAAUUUCGAAGGAAUUGGGCUAAUUGUUUUUUGGUUGUAGUUCAUUGAGGUUUGCAGACGAAAGGAUGCCUCUUGUACGUGUUCCCCCCAUUCCACCGGUGCCCAAGUCGAUGAGAUGCGCGGUAUCUCGAUCCUGUUAUGAUGGGUGUGGAAUUGUGGAUGCGAUUGAGCUCCAACAACGCUGUUGGAGUGAUGGAUGGGAACGAGGAUGAAGAUGAAGAUGAAGAAUAUACGAGCUACAACUAACUCGGGGCCACGCAGCUGCACGCAUAAAGAGAAACAAGAAGAGCUCAAUCGUCAAGUUCAAGGUCCGAUGCCAGCGACACCUCUACACUCUCGUCCUCAAGGAUUCCGAGAAGGUUGAGAAGCUAAAGCAAUCCCUCCCACCAAGUACGUGCUGUUCCAUUCCACCUCAUUGUCAAUCACCUCGAUCACACUCCCCCUACACCCCCACCUCUAUCUCUCUCCUUCUUGCCAUCCUAACUUGUCUCUCCAGAUCUCUCAAUCGGCGAUACCCCAAAGAAGAAUGCCAAGGGCAAGCGAGUUGCACAAUAAAUUCCCCCAACGCGAUGAAAAAAACCAACGAAAUCUGUUCCAAGGCCGGAUAUGAGGGAAAUGGGAUUUGUUUGUCGAUGCAUGAAGGAUGGGAACAAACAGACAUGAGCAUGGUUUGCAAUAUCAAACACAAGGCGUCCUGGCAUCAAUUCCCUGGUGAUUGUAUUCUUGUCUGAGCUGCGACGAGAUGGCGAAGUCAGAAUAAUACAAGCCCUCAAAUCCAUGAUAUGCUUUCUUUUGGUGAAAUGUUUUAGAGGCUUUUUCGAUUUGUGGAGCGUUUGGGGGCAGAUGGGCGUAUUGUGAGAUCUGGAUAUAGUAGAGCAGAGAGAGUGGGAGUCUGUUCAUUCCGCUCUGUUCUUGGGCAGCAAAAAGUGAUGGUUUUGGCAGUUCUAACCUCCUCACACUUGCCAUAAAUACGUGUCGCUCUGCCACCCAAAUAGUUAGGCGAAGCGAUACGUAUUAAUGACAAACGUGAGUAAAUCCCUCCCUAUCUCUUUAGAUCUAACAUAGACUCCUAAACUGGUCUUUCAACACGUCCCUCUCCUUCUUUCGUUCCCCCCCUCCUACUUUCCUGACUAAUGUUGAACUACAAUCAUAUAACCAAUAUUGUCUAACCCCCACCCAUUCCCUAGCCCCCAACCAGCCUUAACUCCCGUCCCAGCUGUUUUUCUCGUCCAAACGUCCUUUUUAUCGUUAUCUUAAAUCCGGUGGGUACUUGCUCGAUUACUCUAGUUGAUCUAAUUGACUAAAGUAAUUGACAUAGAUCCCUAGUAUUAAGGAAUUACUCUGGUAGCGAUUAUCUGAAUGAGUUUGGGUUGGUUACUUAUUGGAAAAGGGUAGGAUAGGGUGGGGUAAGGGCCCAGGUUAGGAAGGAGGAAUUGAGUGAAUGGUGGGGAGUAUUGUUUUAUGAGUUACUGGCUUGCUUUUUUUGUCUUGGGAUUGGGGAAGGGUUUUGGGGAAGGGAGAGAGGAUAUAUGGGUUUGUAAGGAUUACUCUUGUCUUUCUUGAACUUAUUUACAACUGCUUCUGAGAAUCUUGGAAACUUAGCUUAUAUCAAGAUUUGAGAGAGCCAGGGUAAUGCGACUUGAUUAGUGCAAAGAUUUCUGCUUCUUGUCCGAAGACUGGCUUGAGUAAAUUCAACGAGAGGAAGGUGACAGAGAAAGGUUCAUGUAAAAUAAAUAAAUGCAACUUGAUUUUUAUCCCCCUGAAGCUAGCUAAUGGUCAUGUAAUGACAAUCCCCUGCUUCAUUCAUGAUAUCAACUCCACUCCUUCCAGCACUUCCAGGAAGAUUGGAUUGGUAGGUUAGUAACCACCUCCCCGGUACAACUAAAGGAUAACGCCUCCCUCGUAAUGUCAUAAACCCAAACGUUAACCCCAGUUAUGAUCUCGCAAACCCUUGAGAAGAAAAAAGAAAAAAAA